AUGUGGCGGGUAUUCCGACCUCGCGCUGGCAUAUCGAAUGCGAGCACCCUGGCUGUUCGCGCAGUUGCGCCACAAGUUCCUAGCCAACAGACUGUUAUCGUACAGAGGGUGAAGCUUUCAAAACCUAGAUUCAGGGCCGGAACAUUCCUCAUCGGAGCAGGCAUUUCACUCGCGUGCUGGCACAUUUACUGGUCCACCGUUUUAAAUCCAUUCUUUCGACAUGUAGAUCGCGAAUACGAGAAGCUUUCACCGGCGGAGAAGAAGGCGCUUGACGAAGAAAUCGCAGAGGAGGAUGCUGAGCCGUGGUUCAUUCCGUUCCCCUUUACGACGAAAUCUGUCAAUCAGCCGCCGUAUAAGGGCAGCGACCCCGAGUGGCAAGAAUUCGUCAAACUCAGCAAGCAAAAGGGGACGCAGACUCAAAUCCGCGCCGACCUUGCCAACUGGGUGAAGUCCUCGGUCGAGAGGCACCCGGUAAUCACAGCCAGAUGUGGCAACUCACCCGUUGACUCUUUGACCGUCAAACGCCUGCAAAAGAUACUUUGGCCGGAUGCAAUUGCCGUGUCAUCGUGGGCUUUUACUAGUGCGCUGUUAAAGCAACACUACAUGGAUAUUUCCCGAGCCCUUGGGUUCGAGUCAAGCAAGCCUGUCCAACCGUUCCCUUCAGUCAGCGGUGGCAACAUGCAACAAAAGUCUCAGGGGCCUCUUCCGUCUGCCAACAGACAGACUCCGGAUGGCACGCCGGCAGAGAAUGCCUCUCACAAUGUCAGCAAGACAACGGAUGCAUCACAGGCAGACGAGCCAGAGAGUGGCGGCAAAACCAACUUUGUCAGGGACACUGCCAUAUCCCAUAUAGAGGGGAUGAAGCAAAUAACAGACGGCCCUGCAAGAGAAUUUCGACGGAAACUCGCGCAGUCCUGGAAGCCUACAAGACCGUCUCCUCCGCGCGGCUGCAUCCUCGUUUCAGGCUUCGUCGAAUGCGAACUACCCAAGGGCUUCGUAUUGAUCGACGUCUGGGGAUUCUGGAAUCCCAAGACGGAGACCUUUGAGACGAAAUCAACCUUUAUGACCGUACGGAGGGUACAGAUGAAGCAACAAUCCCCUAGGCGGGGUUGA